GUGCGCCUGCGUCACAUCCGCAGCUUCCCUCCGGAAGUACAGUUAUUUUUUAUUCACAGGAGAAAAAAAAAACAGCUGCUGUUGGGAAAGAAAACAUCAAAAAUGCCGGCCCCAAAGAGAGGAUCAGCUCCUCAUGAUUCUCAGCCCAAGUUAAGGAAGUUGGAUGACGAUGGAGAAGCGCUGCCAUCCAAAACUGCACCAGCUACCAAUCAGUCCCCCAAAACAGGAAAUAUGCGAGAAAAGACAGCAGCCCCACGGACUAAGAAAAAACUGUCGGUAGAAGGGGUACAUAAACCAGCCAAGUCAUCCACACAGAGUUCUCCUCCAAAAGAUUCCAGCAAAACCAUUUCUGACCCUCCUGUCAAAAAAGCCAAGCUCCUAAAAACCACAAGUGCCUCCUGUGGAGAAGCUCCCUCACAGAGAGCGAACUCCAAAGCUUCCCUGAAGCGAACAGCCUCCACAGAGUCUGAUGACGAGUUAAGUAGUGACGGUAGUAAGGUUGACUUCUUUAGAGAGAGGGAUGACGAAGACAAGGCGCGCUGUGUAAGGAAAUAUUCUAAUCGAGUCAAAGCCAAACGUAAAGCUGAAGAGUCGACUUCUGACCCACAGGAGAGUUUACUUGCCACAUCUAUGGAUCCCGUACAGAUGGACCACAAUUAUGGUCGAUUCUCAGAUUCAGCAUCUGUUCAAAACGUGGAUGAUGCUAAUCGGACUGAGCAAAAAGAAUGUGCGGCGUCUCUCACUGAACGAGAGAGACGAGAAAUUGCAGACAUCGCACCACAAGAGGUGUCACAGGAAACCUCAGUGUCUGUAACAGGGAGCACUAAUGUUAGCAUCAAAUGUGGGUCUGCAGCUGAAGAAAGUAAACAAAAGGAAUUACAAAAGUUAGACAGCCAAAAGCUCCAAGAUAAAGAAACACCAGCGUCAUCUAGACAAACGUUAGACUUUGUCACUGCAGCAGCUCCAGAACUCUCUGUCACAUCUGAGGAAAAUGAAAAGAAGGAUGAAGCAGAGUCCAUUAAAGCCCAAAAGGAUGUAGAUAACGAAGCACAAGUAGAAACACUUUGUUCUGUUGCUGGAGAGGUGAGUCCAAGCUGUGAAGGUGAAGAACAGGCAGAUGGAAGAACAGACUCAGCGUGCAGAUCAGAAAGUCAGACAGACCUGAGCACUCAAACUAAAACAAAUGAGUCCACAGAGUUUGUGUCUGAAGAUAAUAUGCCGAAUACAAGAGUCUCUGCCGCCCAUAGUAAUGCUAUGCUGCAUGAAGCGCCAUCAAAGGAAACAAACUCGGCACCAGAACAGUUCCUGAUAGAAAGUAGUAAUCCAGAGAGUCAGACUUGUGAAAAUGUAACAACGGCAGAUUCGGUUGGCAGUUCGGAGACUCAAACAGACCUCAGUGUCAAAAUUCAAGUGACUUUCAAAGAGGAAUCCAAAUCUGUACACAAGCAGGACCAAGUUCCAGAUACAGUCACCAGCUCAUGUGAUAAUGUCAACAAAACAGUUAGAAAUCCAGAAGAAAAGCUUGAGGAAAGUGACAGGAAAAGAGUUUGUCCCGGAGCCUUGGUCCAGCUACAGCUGAGCUCUGGCUCUCCUGAUUGUGAGGUUGUUCAUGAGCAAAAUCAAAGAGAGGUCCUUUCUGCAUGUGCCACACUUCCAGAGGGUCAAAUAGCACCAAGAGUGGAAAUACACAAUCAGGAGAACCACAAACUUUAUACCAACACGGCAGAAAUAACUGCAGAAUCUAAAGAAAAUUCAAGCAGAGAAAAAGAAAAGGACGUGAGCAUCCAGUGUGCCAAAAUGGAUAUACAGGCUUCAGUGACAUCUGAGGAGAUUUCAGAUCCAGCUGUUGCAGUGGAAACACAGCGCCAGAAAGGAGAGGAUGUUAGCGAACCUGCCACAAACGUAUCUACAAAUUUUCACGAGGAUCACGUGGGUGAACGUUGUAAAAUGGUGGAAAACACUGUGAACUUUGAAUGUGGUGGUGGAGCUGAGAGUCAAAACGAAAUAGAAACACGGACUAUAGUGACAUCAGACAUUUCUAAUCCAGGACCUACUUUAGAAAGGCAAAAGCAGGACAACCAGACAGUCAGUGAACCUACCACAGUAGUCAUAUCUACCGAGAUUCAUGAUCACGUUACAGCUGAUACAUCUGAAAACAUGGAAACCUUAAAGUUUGUUAGUAGACCUGAGAGCAAAAUGGAAAUGCACACUGGAACAGCUUUGGAGUUUUCUAAUCCAGCAGCUAAAGUGGAAGUACAAAGCCAAGAGAGAGAAGAAGUCAGUGAACUCACCACAGAGCUACCUGCUCAGAAAGUUCAGGAGAGCAAUGAAGAUGCUGAACAUGUUGCUGCUGCAGAGAAACAAAUAGACGUUAAUAUACAGACUGCAGCCACAUCAGAGGACGUCUGUAGCAGUGCACCGGUAGUGGAAACACAUGGACAGACGAGUCAGGUGGUCAGUGAACCUACCACAGGUGUAUCAAGGGAAUUUCAUGAGGAUCAUAAGGCUGAAAAUUUCAAGAGUGUUGAAAGUGACAACAAGGUGAACUUGGAAUCUUUGACUGUUGAAGUGGAAAAGCAGAGACCAUCAACGGUGGAGGUUUCCCCUUCAGUGGAGAUACAAGAAAAUCAAACAGAAGUGGUGAUAACUACAAUAUCAGCACCUGCUGUGGAAAUACAAACUACAGACGGCAUAUCCAAAGAGGUUCUCCAAGACCUAAUGAUUGAAAAUUGUCAAAAUGUGAAGAAUGAAGACAGGAUGCGUGUCGAAUGUGCUCCCGUACAAGAAAAUCAAAUCCAAAUGGAAAUGCAGGUUACAUCAACGUCAGAAAUUUCUAAAGUAGCGCCUUCAGUGGACAUGAAAAGUGAGAAAAGACAAAAUGAAGUGGAUAUGGAGGCGGCGUCGACAUCAGCGGAGGUUGCUCAUGUGGUACCUGCAGUGGAAAUACAAAACCAGGAGGAACAGGAUGUCAGAAAACAUGCUGCAGGCACAUAUACACAAUCUGUAACUGUAGAGAAAAUAGAGAUGUCUAUCCAGAACAGUCAAGAAGUCAUUUCUGACAUACCUGACGAAGGAUUAAGAAUUCCCACAAAUGACUGUAAAGAAUUUAACAAUGUUGUGUUCACAGAAUUUGUCAGUGAAGCUGAGAGUCCAGUGAAAAUGGAAACACAGACAGAGGAGAUAACAAAGCCAACAACUACAGUAGUAGCAGAAAACCGGGAGGGAGGUCAGGAGGUCAGAGAACUCAGCGCAGACACUGAAGUACAAAAAGAUUUCAUCAACGCUGAGGGUGAAGAUGACAAGGUUCGUGCUGGAUGUGUGAGCGCUGCAGAGAAUCAAUCAAAAAUGGCUGUGCAGACAACAGUAACACCGGGGGAGAUUUCUGAUCUGAAGUCCGAAGGGGAAAUACAAAACCGGAGAAGCCAGGAGGUCAGCGAAGUCAAUAAUGUUGGAAGAGAUUUAAUUGGUUCAAGUUGUGAGAGUGAGCAAAAUGAAGACGGGGCUGCUUCUGAAUGCGUUAAUGUUUCUGAGAUUCAAAGUAAGAUGGAAACUACUGCAGCGCCAGAGGAGAGCUCUAAUCCAGCAGCUGUAGCAGAACAGCAAAACCACGUGACAGGAGAAAUCAGCAAACACACUGUGGUCUCAGCAAAUGAAAUUCAGAAAUGCUCGCCAAAUGCUGAUUUGGAGAAAAAAGAAAAUGACAGACGGACAGAGCCUGCUGCUGAGGAUGAACAAGUGCAUAUGGAUGCAAUAAGUGGAUCAAUAGAAAGGGCAGAUUCUGCAUUAGAAGAGGAGACGGCAAGGCAAGUGAUUAAUGAGGUCAAGGCUGACAAAUCCGUCAGGAAUAUUGAAGAAGGAGCUGAAAGCAAUGAAGUAAUCGUUUUUGUUUGCGGCCAACCAGAUGACAAUGAUAUUGUAAUUCAGGCAGCAGAAGAGCAGAUUAAGACGGUUAAUCAGUCAGUGGCUGAGCUUCAUGAAAACCAGAUAGUGUAUGAGCCCAUUAGUAGUCCGGAGAGUAUUGAUGGAAGAGAGAUUUCUGCAGCAGCAGAGAGACAUGAUGGCAUUUCUAUACUGGACAUACAGAGCUCAGAGCCCCAGCACAUAGAACAGAAUGCAUCAAACUUUUCUGAAAAUGCAGACGAUGGAGCAAGUGUCGACCCACAGCUGGAUAACGAGGGAGAGCUUUGUAUCUCAGGCAGCCAAGAAGUAGUUGAAAUGGAAGUAGAAACUGUGAGCAUGCCAGAGAGUUCUGUUCCUGCACAGUUGGAGCAGAAUAACACGACAGUGGAUGUGAAACAAGUCGCAGUGAUCAGCUCCAGCGAUGACGUCAGCCUGCCAGAUGGUCGGUCAGAAGAAGUCGACGAAAAAAGUGAGAGGAACGGCUUUCCAGAGUGUGUCAGUGCCACGGAGUUUUCUGAACAGGUGCAGGAGGAUGCCGGAGUUCAGGAGGUUGCAGAUGUCACGGUGACAACAACUACAGCCGCCGCUGAAGCCGAGAUGCCAGAUAGUGCAUCUGAAGAGUAUGUGAUCUUAGAGCCGGUCCCAGAGAGCGAAAUUCACUUUGAUAUCGUCACUCAAGCUGCAGCCGAGUCGGGUCUGUCGGCCUCGCUGUCAGAGGAGGUCAGUCCAGACAGUGUGCUGGUGGGUGAAGUGGAAAAUGAGAAGAUUUUAAUUGGUUCCCAACAAAUUGUAUCUCUGCAGGCAGAAGUGCAGCCGUGUGAGACAACUGAUGGGGUCACAGAUGCUGCAGUGACCAGUUCAGGUGAGGUAUCACACCUGGAGACGGCCUCAAACAUUUCACCUUUAGAGGGAGAUUUUCAGAAUAUUGAAAAUUCUUAUCAGCAAACAUCAUCUGGCAUUAUGGACAUUAAUACCUCAGAGGUUGAGGUGACUAACUCACAUGCUCAAGGCACAAGUGAAGCCAGUGAUGAAGUGGUGAUAGAGAAUGCUGAGAGUAAUUUUCACCUACAAGAAGUGCAGAUUCUGGAGGAUAUAGAGAUCGGUCGUGAGAUUGUAGUGGCAGAGGAGGAGAAUGAGGAAGACAGUGACGUCACAAUCAUAGAGAAACCACAGCAAACACCUGAGGCAGGCCCUCCGAAAAAGUCUGAGGAAAAGGUGAAUGAGAAAAUGAAAGAUGGCACUAGUGGGGCCAGCAUGAAGCAGAACAGCACAGCUGAAAAGACUGAAGAGGAAAAAAAGGGACAGGAGGUGGAAAAACCCAAGAAACAAGAAAUGAACACGCAGGCGAGAACCAAAGCUCGUCUAGCAGCUCUGGCUGAGCAAAAGGCUGCAGCGUCUAAGAGAACAGCAAACAGGCAGCAGUUGAACCUCUUAGCCCUGUGUCAGGAAAUCGCAGAGGACAUUGCCACAGACAGCAUGCUGCUGAAGAGGAUAGAGGAAGAGAAACAAGCAGCAGCGGCAGCAGUGGCAGCAGCCAAGAGUGAAGCCAGCAAGAAGGAGCGUCCACCUGUUAGCACGCAGGACGAAGACACGGUUAAUGUCGCAACUCCUGCUGGACCAGAAGGCAGCUCUGCUUCGGUGACCCACACUGAGGAGGCACCUGCUGCUGCAGCUCAGCCCUCGACGGCCGAAACAGCCGAAGCCAAACCUCCUGCUGAGGCUCAAAAGAGACGUUUCUUCAUCACGCAGGUUUCAGUGCCCCUGAAAGCCCACGAGAAGAAGAAGCUGACUCGAUAUCAAAGGCUUCGACAGGUUGAGCUGCAGAGAGAGAAAAUGUCUUGGGCGCGUGUGAAGAAGCUGAAGUCUGACCAAGCAAAUCAGAUGUUCUCAGACAUGGAUUGGCAAUCGCCCCUGUCUGCUGCCUCUUUGUUCCCAGUCAGUCCUGUUACCACGACUCCUCCGCCUGCAGCUAGUCCAUCAAAAACAGCCCCGCCAAGUCCUGCCUCAAGCAGCAAACCUGCUACACCCAAGGCGGAUGUUCCCAAGGCUGAGAUGGACAACACAGAAACUUCCAAAACAGAAACCCCCAAAACCGAACCCAUUAAACCCGAAGCUACUAAAGCUGAACCCACCAAAACUCAAACUGCCAAAACCGAAGCCUCUAAAACGGAACCUCCUAGUACUGAGAACCGUCGAUCAACAAGGCAGAGCAAGGCUCAGACUUGUAAAGCAGCAGCUGCUCCUGGACCUGCUCCUAAAGUGACCAGAUCGUCAGCCAAGAGGACCCUCCCUGCAGUUCCUCCUCCUAUGCCCAACGGGCUUAAUGCUCAGAAACAGAAGUCUGAGGUUGAGUACAAACCGUACAGACCCAGACCCAAGUACUCCUUUGAUGAUUUUGAACUAGACGAUGAUCCGUUACCAGUUGCUCCGACAAAACCGAAUCCACAAGCAGCACCCAAACAACUGCCCCGACCCGGCCUUCAGGCCAGCCCUGCAGCUCAGUCUAAACUAUCAAAACCCGCAGUUUCAUCACAGCCCUCCAUCCAGGCCAAACUCAAAGCUCAGACCACACCUGCUGCACAGAUCCCAGCUCAGUCCAAGCCCACCGCUGCAGCUCAGUUAAAACCAGCGGCCCUCCAGUCAAAAGCCCCGACUACAGCCGCAGCUUCAUCGAAACCCGCCUCCUCAGCUCAGUCGAAGCCUCCUGCCUCUGCUGCACCACAGUCUAAAGCUGCCUCAGCUGCAGGUCAGCCCAAACCUGCUGCUCCUGCUGCCUCUCCCCAGUUAGAGACGGCUGGUGCAAGUGUUGCACAGUUGAAGCAGUCGACUCCAGCAGCAGCUCAGCUUUCUGUUUCUACCACUUCAGACACGAAACCUGCUGCUCUUAAGGCUGAUGCUGCUCCAGUGCCUCAGAAACCCACAAAUCUCCCAUCAGGGGAAGAAGGCAAAUGCAAGACUGCAGCUGAUCCACUUUCAUCAGCCUCUUCCAUUCCCCCUGAGGAAAACUCCAAAGUGACUGAUGACACGCAGCAGGGUGAAGAAAAGCCUGCAGUCACUGCUGUUGAUCCUUCUCCGGAGAACAUGGCAGAAACAAUCGAAACAGCGCAGAAGACUUUGGAAAAGCCUUGUCAAGACGGAGCAGCAAAGCCUCAAGAUGGCGGGACUCCUCUCUCUGAUGCUUGUCUGCAAAAAGAAGUCAAGAAGCUAAAGGAGGCCGACAAAGACGGCACCCAAACUAUUAUUGAUGCAGGACAGAAGCAUUUCGGAGCAGUGGCCUGCAGCGUGUGUGGGAUGCUCUACUCUGCUGCCAACCCCGAGGACGAAUCUCAGCAUUUACUCUUUCACAACCAGUUCAUCAGCGCUGUCAAAUAUGUGGGAUGGAAAAAAGAGAGGAUUCUGGGAGAGUAUCCUGAUGGCAAGAUCAUUCUUGUGCUGCCAGAUGAUCCCAAGUAUGCCUUGAAGAAGGUGGAGGAGAUCAGGGAGAUGGUGGACAAUGACCUGGGCUUCCAGCAGGUGGAGACCAAGUGUCCCUCUCAGACCAAAACCUUCCUGUUCAUCUCCAAUGACAAGAAAGUGGCCGGGUGUCUCAUAGCAGAGCACAUACAAGAGGGCUACAGGGUGAUAGAGGAGCCGGCACCGGAGGGCUCAGAGGGGGAGAAGGUGAUGUUCGAGCGUCAGAGAGCUUGGUGCUGCUCCACAACGCCAGAACCGGCCAUCUGCGGCAUCAGUCGCAUCUGGGUGGUCAGCAUGAUGCGACGCCUGGGCAUCGCCUCGCGCAUGAUCGAAUGCCUCAGGAAUAACUUCAUCUACGGUUCGUACCUGAGCAAAGACGAGAUCGCGUUCUCGGACCCCACCCCCGACGGGAAACUCUUCGCCACACAUUAUUUCGGCACGUCUCAGUUUUUGGUUUAUAACUUUGUGAGUGGAACACGCUCGUCCCAACCCAAAACGGUAUGACGGCCUUCAGGAAAACUUAAUGACGGAUUCAUCUGAGACGCUCGCUGACCAGUGGGAGCCGCCCUCACCAAACACUGAAUCUUCAUGUGUGUAAAAAAAAAAAAACAACAAAAACUGUAAAUUACUCCUUGGAGAGGUUACACAUUGGUUUAAAUCUCAGGAUGAAAACAACAAGGUGUUGUUGAAAAAUGUUAUUAAUUCACCCUUUAAUCCCUCCCUGCAUAGUAUUUUGAAAAGAAAAAAAUAGACUAUUUUCUUUAUACAUUUUUAAGUAAACAAUUGGUUUUAUUAGACGUAUAGCCUUUACAUGCAUGACCUGACAGCAAUAGAAACAGCAUUUCAUGGUUUUAACUUUUAACUCCCUGAGAAGCAUAACAUCAGUUUUAAAAAACGGUUCUUUUAGAGUUUGUCCUCGUGCUGUUUUAAUGUUUUUACGCCUCUGACGUGUAGUAAACUUUGCUACAUUGAGGGUUCAUCUCUUUACUGUUGACGGUGACGCUGCCUUCGUCUCUAGUUGUGUUCAAGCGAUGAUGCUGAAAGCGCACAACUGCACAAUUUCUACCGAGCGGUUAACUCCCCCCGCCCCCCACAUUUAGUCCCAUUGAUCACAGUGUCAUGUUUUUGUUGUAAUAUUUCAAAUUAACCACGGGAAACAGGAGUCAUUUGGAGAGAUGUGGUUUAGAACUGUAGCUUGGGCAUUAAUCAUGUGCUCUAAUUUUCUUAGAUCACUUCGCCUGAAAUGUUUUUUCCGAGCCGAGCCAUAUAUACUGCACACCGUUUAGCAGGGCAUUGUAGCCUAUACUGUAUGAGUGGUGUCUUAAAAUUUCACCGAGGCUGUCUUUUGCUUUGUUUGUGCCUGAACGAAUCAUGUCUGACUUAAAAUGUUGAUUUAUUUUCUUUACUUUUUAGCCCACGUGCUCCUCUAAGCAGCGUGUGGCUUUUUUAUUCUGUUAGCGUAGAGUAUCAUCCUCCUAUUCCUUAGUAACGAUGAUUAAAAUGUAUAUCAAAUUAUCAUGUAGAUUUAUGCAUACUAUAACAAGAUUUAUAAUGAAAGAUGAGCAGAGGUCGUACGUGUUAAAUGAGUGAAUAUCAACUGCCUUUAUGAUUGAAAACAGGUGAUCAACAUGUCUCCAACACACAGAUUAACAGUGUCAUUGUAAUCCAUCCCUUAUUUUCUUCUUCCUCCUUGUUCGAGCAGUCGCUUUUAGAAAGAUGUGUUGUGUAAGAAAAAGAAAUUUGAUUUAUACGAAGCUGUUAUGUAAAUAUUUAUUUAAAUAAACAAUUUAAAACACU